CGGCCCCGGGACCCCCUCGGACGCCCGGGACCCCCCCGGGCCCGGCCCCGCCAUGUGGCUCUUCUCCCGGGACCCGGUGCGGGAUUUCCCCUUCGAGCUGGGCCCGCCCGAUGCGGAUCCCGACGCGGACCCGCUCCCGGACCCCGCGGCCCCGGCCCCGCUCUGGCGGCUGCUGCGGGGGCGCCGCAAGGCCGACGGGGCUCCGGUGUCGGUGUUCGCCCACAGCCUGGGCCCGGGGGGGGACCCCGGUGCCACCGCCCUGGCCCGGGCGGGGCUGAAGCGGCUCCGCAGCCUCCGACACCCCAACAUCCUGGGGUACCUGGACAGCCUGGAGACGGAGCAGUGCCUGUACCUGGUGACAGAGGCCGUGACCCCCCUGCGGCGGCACCUGCGGCUGCACCCCCCGAGCGGGGACCCGGGCGAGCAGGAGGUGGCCUGGGGGCUGCAGCGGCUGCUGACGGCACUGGCGUUCCUGGGGGUCUCAGGGCUGGUUCACCACGCGCUGGGACUUGACGCCAUCUUCGUGGACCCCGGGGGCGAGUGGAAGCUGGGGGGGCUCGAGAGGGUGGCGGCCACCAGCGAGGGGACCCCCACUCGUCUCCCCGGUGACCCCUCCCGGCCCCAGGACCCCCCCGAGCUCAGCGACCCUUCCCGAGGGCAGGGGGAGCCCUGGGCAGGGGACAUGUGGCGCCUGGGCUGCCUCAUCUGGGAGGUCUUCAACGGACCCCUCCCCCGGCCGGGGGCCCUGCGCAGCUUCGGCAAGCUGCCCCCCGGGCUCAUCCCGCCCUUCUCGGAGUUGGUGGCGGCGGAUCCGGGGGCCCGGCCGGGCCCGGGGCCACUCCUGGAGCGGCUGCAGUGCCCGGGAGCCUUCCUGGCCUGUGCGCUGGUGCGCACCGGGCUCUUCCUCGAGCACUUCCAGGUCCGGGACCCCUCGGAGCGCCGGACGUUCCUGCAGGAGCUGCCCCCUCUCCUGGAGUCCCUCCCGGGGCCCUUCCGGCGCCACAAGCUGCUCCCGCGGCUGCUCGAGGCCCUGGAGCUGGGCAGCGCCGACGCCAGCGCCCUGCCCCCCCUGCUGCAGGUGGCGAAGGUCCUGGACCCCCCCGAGUACCAGGAGCGAAUCGUCCCCGUCCUCGUCCGGCUCUUCUCAUCCCCUGAGCGGGGCCUGCGCCUGCGCCUGCUGCAGCUGCUCGAGGAGUUCGUUGAGUUCCUGCCUGACGCCACGGUGGAUUCCCAAAUUUUUCCCCACGUCGCCCACGGGUUCCUCGACUCCAACCCGGCCAUCCGUGAGCAGACGGUCAAGUCCAUGGUGCUGCUGGCGCCUAAGCUGGGGGAGGGGCGCAGGGGGGGGGAGCUGCCUCGGCUGCUGCUGCGGGUGCAGGGGGGGGACGCGCUGGGACCCCUGCGCUGCAACGCCACGCUGUGCCUGGGGCGCCUGGCCCCCCACCUGCCCCCCCAGGUCGCCGCCUUCGCGGCCACCCACGAGUGCUACACCCCCCAAGAGGUGGCAGGGCGGGUGCUGCCCCCCCUGUGCGCCCUCACCGUGGACCCCCACCCCGGGGUGCGGCAGCAGGCGUUCCGGGCGAUUCGCAGCUUCCUGGAGCAGCUGGAGGCGGCGGCCGAGGCCGGGGGGGCCCAGGAGGGGGACACCCCCAGCGCUGCCGCUGCCCCGGGGGGGCUGGGGGCUGCGGUGUCCUGGGCUGUCACCGGUGUCACCUCCCUGACUGCGAGGCUGAUGGGGGGCGAGGGGGGUACAGCCCCCACCCAGCCCCCUCCCACGCAGGGACCCCCGCAGACCCCAGCCCCCACAAAAGACCCCCCCGCCGAGGAGAACCCCCCCGAGGAGCCCCCCCUGGAAGACGCCGAUGGCUGGGAUGACGACUGGGGGAGUUUGGAGGACCCCGGGGUGCGACUGUCGAAGGCCCUGAGCUACGUCCUGCGCCACGGGGCUGCGGCCGAGGGGCUGCCCAUGGGCCCGGACGGUUUUGUCGAGGUGGGGGCUCUGCUGAGGCUGCGGCGUUUCGCGGGGGUCUCGGAGGGGGACGUGCGCAGGGUGGUGGCCGCUGACCCCAAGGGUCGCUUCGCCCUCCGGCCGGACCCCCUGAGGGUGAGAGCGAACCAGGGACACUCCCUGCCGGUGCCGGAGCUGGAGCUGACCCCCCUGCUCACCCCCGGGGCGCUGCCCCCCACCCUCGCCCACGGCACCCGGCGGCGCCUGUGGGACCCGAUCCGGGCGGGGGGGCUGCGCCCGAUGGGGCGGCAACACCUGCACCUGGCGGGGGGGCUGCCCGGGGACCCCGGGGUGCGCAGCGGGAUGAGGUCGGACUCGGAGAUCGCCAUCAUCAUCGACGGCCCCCGGGCGCUGGCGGACGGGAUCCCCUUUUUCCGCUCGGCCAACGGGGUGAUCCUGACGCCGGGGGACGCCCAGGGCCGCAUCCCCCCCAAAUAUUUCCUGCGGGUUCUGCAGCUGCGGCCGCACCGGUGUGAGCUACCACUGGACGGACCCUGGGACGAGGGCGGGGAGAGACCCCCGGACGAAGAUUUGGGGAUGGUCUGA